UAUAAAUGGAAGAGCAAUGACAGGGAAAAUUGAAGAAAUUGACGUAAAGUUGUAUUCUCGAACAAAGGAAAUUAUUAUAAGAGAAACUUUUGAAGAUACAAUAGAAAGCAUAAGUUACAAUACAUUGCAAGUGUUUUAAUAUUCGCUUUCAAUGGCGAAUCACGACGAAUUAGUUUCGAAAUUUAUGGAUACAACUGGGAGUGAACCCGAAGAAGCACAAUGUUAUCUUGAGUUAUCUAAUUGGCAGCUAGCGGUUGCUAUUGACAGAUUUUAUUAUUCUGAUGGAUUUGAUUAUCCUAAAUUACCUAACGAACUUACUGAAGGUGCAACAUCAAAAGAGGAACAUACUGAUAUUUCUGAAAAGACUGCAGGAAGUACAAAAGAAUCAGAAAUGGAAGGAGAAUCAUCAAAAGAAAAAGUAAAACUAAAGCCUAUGUUUGCAAUGCUUAAUGAUCUUAAAGAGAAAGAAAGUAGCCCUGAAGAAGAAGAAGGACAAGCAUUUUAUGCUGGUGGUUCUGAACGUAGUGGACAACAAAUUUUAGGACCAGGGAAGAAAAAAGAUGUUGUUAGUGACAUGUUCAAAUCAUGUCAAAGACAAUCAAUUGCUGUAGAACCCAAACCAAGUGGGCAGCAAAGACCAAAUACCUUUAGUGGUACUGGCUACAAGUUAGGUCAAACUAGUUCUGAUACUGAAAUUGUCACUGCUACAUCAUCCAAUCAUCAACAGACAAAUUCUGGAUUAAUUACUUUAAAAUUGUGGAAAGAUGGAUUUACUAUAAAUGAUUCUGAACUUCGAUUAUAUAAUGAUCCAGGAAAUGUAAACUUUCUGAAGACUAUAAAACGAGGUGAAAUACCACCAGAAAUACGUCAAGAGAUUCAAGGUACUGAAGCAAGGGUUGAUAUGGAAGAUCAUCGUCAUGAAAGAUAUGUCCCUUCAAAAGUUAAAGUGAAAGCUUUUAGUGGAAAAGGGCAUAUGUUAGGGAGCCCUUCUCCAGCUACAGUUGGUAUGACAAUACCAACAGAUCUUGCAGAUCAAACAGCAAAUGAAUCACAGGCAAAACAACAAUUGAAGUUGGAUGAAUCAAAACCUGUUACAACAUUACAAAUUCGUCUUGCUGAUGGAAGCACUGUAAAAGUUCAAUUUAAUUUAACUCAUACAAUUAAUGAUUUGAGGCAGUAUAUAGUAAUUAUGAGACCUCAAUAUGCUAUGAGAGAAUUCAGUUUAUUAACAAUGUAUCCUACUAAGGAGCUUACAGAAGAUAAAACGAUUGAAGAAGCUGGUUUACAAAAUACAACAAUAAUUCAACAACUGAAAUAAAUGUCCCUUUUAGAUUCUUAGUUAUGGGAGUUUAAGUGAUGUAUUGAUUAGAUGAUUGUUAAAUAUACAUUGAAAUAUUUGAAAGUAACAAUUGAACACAUUUUAGUAAUUAA